AUGCUUCUUUGUCCUUAUUUUUCCCUCAUUCUAUGCCUACCAAUCACGUUCAGUCUUCCAUUCACUCCUGGAGGUAUAGUCUCCCGCCUUCCACCCUGGGAUUUAUCGCGUAAUGAUCCAUCCCGGCCACAGAUUGACCGCAACUUGACAGCAAAAUUUUGGAAACCCUUCCCCUGGAGGCAACAUUCCUCUGCAUCGGAUGCUAGUACCAUCCAACCUGCCAACAGCUUCUGUUUUCCGAGCACCAUAGAAACCACCAGUGCUGCUCGGAGUAAUAAGUUCGGAAUCAUCUCAGUCUCCUCCAUAGCUUCUCCCCCAUCUUCUUCAUCGUCCUCGUCUUUAUCUUCUACAUUCCCCUCCUCCGCUUCCUCAGUCUCUGUCUCACCUCCCUCACCCCCAUCCACUGCAGGACUGGGUCACAUUGUUGGAUCUAUAAAUUCGCGGCGCCCUGAAGACAUUCAUAGCUCUUCACCAGCAUCUUCCAAUUAUGUUGCAAUCUGCCAAUUACAAACUCUUGCCAUGAAUGCUGUGCUCAAAGAGACUACCUAG